AUGGCAGAUACUGAGGCCCCUGCUCCUCAUACCAUGGAGCGUGGUGUCGCGCUUGAUAGGCAACAAGACAGCCUGCCGCAGUCCGAUGUGGAAUCGAGCCAGGAACUACAGGACAUACCUUUAGACACCGCUCCAGAUUCUCCAGUAGAUGAUUUGUCAGUCCUUACAUACGAGCCUUCGGAUCCCACACCGCAUCAAGAAGACGGAAGCAUCGAAACAUCACAUCCGGAAGUGCAGGCUAUAACACAACCUUCGGCACCCGUCGAGCAAUACGAGCAGCCACCUGUUCCUACCAUCGCAACUCCCUUGCCAGAGACGACGCCGCAACCUAACGAACCUCCCCAAUACCCCGUCGAUCCUCGUCUCAUUCAGCCAAACCGCCAGCGCACCGACUCGCAAUCUACCACUGCCACCUCCCGGUCGACUACUCGCUCAUCUAUGGUCUUUGUCGUCAGCGCCCUAGAAACUAUCGCCGCAUCGAAGGAUGCUCGUAAGAGGAAGCCCUUGGCGGACGCUGCUCAGCGUGCCUUGUCCACAAUCAAGAGCCAGGGGGACCCAACACGGACUGACCCAGAGAUUCUUUUUGCUCCCCUGCAGUUAGCUACCGAAGCAAACACUGUCGCCAUCGUCACCACUGCUUUGGACUGCAUCGGCAAGCUCAUUAGUUAUUCCUACUUUUCUGUGCCUGCAGACACCAACAAUGAGAACCAGCAGCCUGUCCCGCUUAUUGAACGCGCCAUUGACACAAUAUGCGAUUGCUUUCAGGGCGAAGCGACUCCGGCUGAGGUCCAGAUGCAGAUUAUCAAAUCGCUGUUAGCUGCUAUUCUCAACGACAAGAUUGUGGUACAUGGCGCAGGUCUGCUCAAGAGUGUUCGUCAAACGUACAACAUUUUUCUACUGUCGAAGAACAGCUCCAACCAACAGAUUGCUCAAGGCACUUUGACACAAAUGGUUGGAACCGUUUUUGAGCGGGUGCAGACACGAAUUGCUGGACGUGCCACCAGGGCUGAAUCAUCCAAGCCUUCCCUUGCUAAUGGAUUUGAAGAGAACGUCGAGUCACUUUCCGAUGGUGUUGACACUGAUCUACCACGGCCUUCCACCGAUCUACAAGAAGAUGAGGAAGAGGAUGUCGACACAACAAGAAUGACUCUGCAGACUUUUGAGACUAAGAAGAGUUUUGACGACGCCAGGAUAGGAGACAAUGCUCCCACCAUGGUCACUCGUCUGAAGAAGUCUCGGAUGCCUGCUCGGACCACUUCUGGGAACGACGGCGUUCCUGCCAUCACUGUACAACCAGAUGGUUCUGACGUUACCGAGGAGGACGAAGAAGAUGAGAUUUUCAUCAAGGACGCCUUCCUGGUGUUCCGUGCGAUGUGCAAGCUCAGCACAAAAACGCUUCGUGUGGAAGAAACUGUCGAUCUGAGGUCGCAGGGUAUGCGCUCCAAGCUUCUGUCCCUUCACAUCAUUCAAACCAUCAUUUUCAACCACCAUGCUGUCUUCACUUCGCCCUUUGCGACUAUUCGCAGCAGCUCAAACAACGACCCAACAAGCUUCACACAAGCCAUCAAACAGUACAUCUGCUUGAGUCUGAGUCGCAACGGAGCCAGCUCUGUAAAUAAAGUGUUCGAGAUCAGCUGCGAAAUCUUCUGGCUCAUGAUCCGCUACUUGCGUGUCACUCUCAAAAAGGAGAUUGAGGUUUUCCUCAAGGAGAUCUACCUCUCGAUCUUGGACAAAAGGACGGCACCCGCUUUCCAGAAACAAUGCAUCAUCACAGUAUUGACCAGGCUUGCAUCGGAUCCUAGGGCACUGGUCGAGAUCUAUCUCAAUUAUGACUGUGAUCGUGCAGCGCUCGACAACUUCUACCAGCGUAUUAUUGAGCAUCUUUCAAGGAUAGCCAGUUCGCCUGUGCAGGUUACAGCACAGCAGGAACUCAUGUAUAUUGAGCAACAAUCGAAACAUGGCAAUGCUAUGUCCGAAUGGCUGGCUCAGAGCACUUUGCCUCCGUCAUUGUCUACUUCCACGAUUGCUAGUGCGCCCGAAGCGAAUCAGGAUAUCCCUCCUGAGUACAUCAUGAAGCAGCACUCUCUUGAAUGUCUCGUCGAGACAUUACGCUCCAUGGUCAAUUGGUCACAGCAAGGUCUGAACGACGUAGUCGCAUCAUUCUCGAAUCCAGAGUCGCGCAACUCUAUAGAAGACUUUAGAGAUUCUAUCGACGCUCGCGAGAACGGAGUCUCUCAGUCACCUAUAGUACCUAGUACGGAGGCUGCAACUACCGUGCCUGGCACACCAUUAGCAGAGGAUGAUCCUGCUGAGCUUGAGCGAGUCAAACAACACAAGACUGCACUCAACAACGCCAUCAAACAGUUCAACUUCAAGCCUAAGAAGGGCAUCAAAGUACUGAUAGCUGGUGGUUUUAUCAAUUCAGACUCGCCUCAGGACAUUGCUCAAUUCCUCAUUACCAAUGACAGACUAGACAAAAAGGCUCUGGGCGAAUAUCUUGGAGAGGGUGAGCCAGAAAACAUUGCCAUUAUGCAUGCCUUUGUCGAUAGCAUGAACUUUACAAAGACACGCUUCGUCGACGCCCUCCGAAAUUUCCUGCAAAGCUUCCGUCUGCCCGGUGAGGCCCAGAAGAUCGAUCGCUUGAUGCUGAAAUUUGCCGAGAGAUACACGGGAGGUAAUCCUAAUGCGUUUGCCAACGCCGAUACCGCCUAUGUGCUCGCGUAUUCAGUCGUCAUGCUCAACACCGAUCAGCACAGCGCACAAGUCAAGGUUCGUAUGACUCCAGAGGACUUCAUCAAGAACAAUCGUGGCAUCAAUGAUGGUCAGAGUCUGCCGGACGACUACCUCAAGGUCAUCUUCGAAGAAAUUGCCAAAAACGAGAUUGUCCUCGACACAGAACGUGAGAAUGCUGCCAAUUUAGGCAUGUUACCACAGAAUAGUGGCAGCUUAGCUGCGAAUAUCGGUCAAGCUGUUGCCAACUUCGGACGUGAUCUGCAAAGGGAGGCGUACGCUCAAGCUUCGGAUCAGAUGGCUACCAAGACCGAGCAGCUCUUCAAGAACCUCAUGAAGGCGCAACGCCGUGGUGCUGCUAGGUCUCCUAUUGUGAGAUACAUCCCUGCAUCCUCAUUCAAGCAUGUUGGCCCAAUGUUCGAAGUAACCUGGAUGUCAUUCCUGACUGCGCUCUCUGGCGGUACUCAAGAAACCAACAACAUCGAAAGAAUCAAGCUUUGUAUGGAGGGUCAAAAGCUGGCUAUUCGUAUCUGUUGUCUGUUCGAUCUGACAGAUCCUCGACAAGCCUUCAUUGCUUCCCUUACUCGCUUCACGAACCUGUACAACAUAGGUGAAAUGAAGGCCAAGAAUAUCGAGGCCCUCAAGGCUGUCCUCGAUGUUGCCCAGAACGAAGGCAAUUUGCUCAAAGACUCAUGGCGAGACAUUCUUACAUGUAUCAGUCAACUUGAUAGAUUCCAGCUCAUUUCUACUGGUGUUAGCGAAGGCGACGUUCCUGAUAUGCUGAGAUCUCACUCCUCAGCCAAUAACCCCAACCGCAAGUCACUUGGUGUCCCUCCUCGCCACCGCAACAGGAACUCUGUCAGUGGUAUUGUCUACCAGCCCGAUAUUGCUGAAGAGAGUCGAUCUGCCGAUAUGGUCCGCAGCGUCGAUCGAAUUUUCACCAAUACAGCCAAUCUGUCUGGGGAGGCCAUUGUCCACUUCGUUACGGCCUUGACUCAAGUCAGUUGGCAGGAGAUUCAGUCUUCUGGUAACAGCGAGUCUCCCCGAACUUACAGUCUGCAAAAGCUUGUGGAGAUUAGUGGUUACAACAUGACCCGUGUGCGUUUUGAGUGGACGAGCAUCUGGCAAGUUCUGGGUGAGCAUUUUAUCCAAGUCGGCUGCCACAACAAUACCAAUGUUGUCUACUUUGCUCUCAACUCAUUGCGGCAGCUGUCUAUGCGUUUCAUGGAGAUAGAAGAGCUACCUGGUUUCAAGUUUCAGAAAGAUUUCUUGAAGCCCUUCGAGCACAUUCUCAGCAACGCCACACAAGUUCCGGUCAAAGAUAUGGUUUUGCGCUGCUUGAUUCAGAUGAUCCAAGCCAGAGGCGACAACAUUCGUUCCGGUUGGAAAACAAUGUUUGGCGUUUUCACUGUUGCUGCUCGCGAGCCUUAUGAAUCGAUCGUCAACCUUGCUUACGAUAAUGUCACACAGGUUUACAACGAUCGUUUUGCUGUGGUUAUCACCCAGGGCGCCUUUGCUGACCUCAUAGUCUGCUUGACCGAGUUCUCCAAGAACCACAAAUUCCAAAAGAAGUCUCUUCAAGCUAUUGAAAUGCUGAAAUCUUCUGUGGCGAAGAUGCUUCGUACUCCAGAGUGUCCACUCAGUGUCAAAGCGAGCACUACCAAGGAUGCCCCCACGGCAGAAGGGAUGCCCAAACAGCCGACCAGACAGACACAAGAAGAGCAAUUCUGGUUCCCUGUUCUGUUCGCGUUCCAUGAUGUGUUGAUGACCGGGGAUGAUCUCGAAGUCCGAUCCAGGGCACUCAAUUAUCUUUUCGAGACAUUGACACGCUAUGGUGGGGAUUUCCCUCGCGAGUUCUGGGAUACUCUGUGGCGCCAGCUACUGUACCCCAUCUUCAUGGUGCUCAAAUCAAAGUCGGAAAUGUCAAAGGCUCUCAAUCACGAGGAGCUCUCAGUGUGGCUCUCGACGACUAUGAUCCAGGCACUUCGCAACAUGAUCAGUCUAUUUACCCAUUUCUUCGACUCUCUGGAGUACAUGCUUGAUAGAUUCCUGGACCUUCUGGCACUUUGUAUAUGCCAGGAAAAUGACACAUUGGCCAGAAUUGGUAGUAACUGCCUACAACAAUUGAUUCUUCAGAAUGUACACAAGUUUACGCCUGAGCACUGGGAAAAGAUUGUCGGCGCCUUCGUGGAUCUAUUCGCACGCACUGAAGCGACAGCCCUGUUCUCCGCAGCGACGUCAUCUUCAUACCGAAAGGACUCUACCGCUUCAAAUGGUUCCAAGGCUGUCCCAGCAUCGCUGGAUGGACUCCCCAUGACAGAUAUUCCUUCCGCAGACCCGGCGGCCUUGCCUUCUGAGAGCCCGCAGGCUCUGGAUAACGAAGAGCCUGCAUCAAACGGAGGAACACCUAGACGUCUUCGUGGUAAUACCACAGCCACCAUGCAGUCCGAUCGAAGUCUGUCACCAUCAAGGCAGGCACAGAUCGGAGACAGCAACGAGCUUGAGGACUUCAACAACACUUCGCAAACACCCAACGCACCAGUUGUUGUCACUGCAGCACGCCGCCGCUUCUUCAACCAGAUCAUCACGAAGUGUGUCUUACAGUUAUUGAUGAUCGACACUGUCAGCGAGUUGUUCUCCAACGACUCUGUUUACACUGCCAUCCCAUCUCAUCUGUUGCUGCGCUUGAUGUCACUGCUCAAGAAGUCUUACCACUUUGCCAAACGCUUCAACGAGGAUCGUGACUUGCGCGCAAAGUUAUUCAGAGAAGGUUUCAUGCGUCAACCACCGAAUCUCCUCAAGCAGGAAUCUGGUUCGGCAUCAGUCUAUGUCAGCAUUCUUUUGCGCAUGUUUUCAGAUGAAGGAGAAGAGCGUAAGGCAUCACGUGCGGAGACAGAGCAGGCACUCAUUCCGCUCUGUGUCGAUAUUGUGAACUCUUACAUUGAACUCGACGAAGACACUCAGCAACGCAAUAUCAUGACUUGGCGACCUGUCGUAGUCGAUGUCCUUGAGGGCUAUACUUGUUUCCACACCGAAGACUUCGAACGUCACGCCACUACAUUCACACCUCUUGCUGUAGGUCUCAUGAACCGCGAGAUGGGCCCUGAACUCCAGCGGGCUGUGCAAGGUCUUUGGUCCCGCGUCACCGAGAUCAAGUUUGGCGUGAAGACCCUCGCUCAUAGUAGCAAGGCGAUGGGACUGGCCAGCCCGACAAGGCCUGUCACGUUCAAUGGUCGUCGCUCAAGCAGAGGUAGUCGUUAG